AUCCGUGGCUCUGGAACAGUGGUGCAGCUGAUAGACUCUCACCUGGGGUUUCCUGACCUUGCUCAGCUGGUGGUAUUCUACACUCUGAGCAGAGACGUGCUGCCUGUGUGUCUACUCGUCCCUGCAUGGAUGUCCAGUCUGGCCAAGCCCUCUGAGAAGCCGCCUCCACAGCUUGGACCCAAGUCCUGGCUGUGUCCUCCAUCAAACACAUCUUCUGAUUCCAUGUCUGUGUCAUCAGUAGCACCUGGGGUUGUCAUGUGCACCAUACAGCUGACCACAGCCAGCGGAGCUCUCUGCAUCGUCAACCCACUUUAUGUCCAUGAGCAUGGAGAUGAUUGGCUGUCCCAAGCGUCAGUCAGUGCCCAGCAGGGCGCUCACCCAGACAAACGGAGGUUCGAAAGGCGGCUCAGCAAGACCAGACCCUGGGGAGGAGCGGGAUUGGUCAAGAAUAGAGGAAUUUCAUUGGAUGAAGAGACACUGCAAAGCUACUCGAAAGGUCCAGCAGGUGCAGGAGUGGGGGCCGCGGUGGUCACUACCUCGACUGGAGUGGUGCUCCGCAGGUCAAGCAGCAGCAGCACCUCCAGCACCAGCAGCAGCAGCUGUGACCUCUUCCAGCGGGCCUCCACUGGGAGCUCAGUCUUCUACAGCUCAGCACCUCAGUCCCCUCACCGUGUGUCCUGGGUGGAGAGCAACAUGUGGAUGUCCCCCCCUCCCCCACCCUCUCUCCUCCACCCUCCAUCGCUGGAGCUGGACUCGCUGUCAGUCAGCAGCAUGGAGGAGGAGACUGACUCCGCCUGCUCUAGUCCCGCCCUCUCUCACCACUCGCGCCUGCUAUUGGCCGGCAAGAUGAAAAAUCGCCUGUCUGCCGUGGGCAACGCGCUUGGCGGUCUGGUGAAUCCCCAAAAGCGGCUGACCAAUCGGGUGCAGGAGCUGAGCAGGAGCAGGAGCGGGGGGUUUGGGGUGGCGCUGCGGGCCUUCGUGGAGCAGACUCAGCGGGCGGUGGUGGCGGAGGCCGUGACGAGCACAGACAUCCUGCAGGAGGUGCGCACCUCCCUCACAGGUCUGCGGGACAUGCUGAUGGAGCACACCGACGUCAGCAGCCUCAUGGACAGCAUGGCAGACCUGCCUGAAGCUGAGCUGGAUGUCAUGCUGGAGACCUCACUGCAUAAAGUGGCCCUGAAGCCCGUCAGCUCCCACCUGUACUCCUGCAUCCACUCCUCCCACAGCAGUGAUGGAAGCUUCCAGAAGCUCCAGAGCAACCAGCACACACUGGAGGGCCGGAGUCUGGAGGAGCUGGAGGGCACCAGUGGGACGGGGGUUCCCGAUCCUGUCACCAUGGAGAAGAUCCAGCAGCGCUGGGUGUCCAUGCAUGGGGCGUACUCACCCAACACCAAGGUGCACAUCCUGCUUAAGGUGUGCAAGACCAUAUACCACAGCAUGCGCGCAAACGCCAAGCCUGGUGUGGUGUUUGGGGCAGAUGACUUCCUGCCUUGUUUGACAUGGGUGCUACUGCGCAGUGAUGUGGUCACUCUGCAAAUAGACACGGACUACAUGAUGGAGCUUCUGGACCCCAUGCAGCUACAGGGAGAGGGUGGCUACUACCUGACAUCUGUCUACUCCGCUCUCUUCUACAUCAGCACCUUCCGUCCCCGUUUGGCAGUUAGACAACUUAGUGUGGAGGCCCAACAGUCCCUCAGCCAAUGGCAUCGCAGACGGACCCUACACUGCAACCAGUCACGCAGAGGAUGCCACCGCAGAACCAUCCGGAGGCACGCAAACACCAAGACAAGUCCUAAAGACGCACCAGGACCUGAGGGGGAGAGUAGGGACACUCAGGUGCCCCCUGGGGGUAGUGAGGAGACACUGCAGGUUAUUACUGACCACCAGAGUGUAGUGGAGGUUUGUAUGAAGGAACAGUCUGAGAAUCACACACAAGAGCCACAACCCAGAGACAACAAGUCACCUGGUGUCAGAGGCAGUGGUCCAGAUGCCAAACAGGACCCUCUCAGGGUGGUUGGGCUGACUGAGGGAGGGGAUGAGGGCUAUGCUGGCCUCCUGAAGGGCCCUGAGGUUCUCUGGAGUAAGGUGGUGGUGGAGGAGGAGGAGGAGGAGGACGAAGCCGACACUGAGGGGGAGUGUAGCAGUGAUGAGGCCUGAGGAGAAUAAUGCUCCCACGGACUGAAACCGACUGCACAGUGGUUUGAGAAAGAAUCAAAUGAGCUAUUUAAUGUGAUGCUUCUGGUUUUUAACAGUAGGUGGCAGUAUUGUCUGUAAAGGAAAUUGCUGUAGUCGUGGGAGAUGAGAAGUGGCUAAGGUCUGUAAUUGUAAUUAUCACUGUCAGUAUCAAUGUAAGUCUACAGCAUCAGAUGCCAUUCACAAAUUAUUAUUAUUAAAAGAGAUAUUUUUCAGUU